UCAGUUCGACCUAUUCCUCUCGUUGAAUAUAUUAUACAAAAGUUAACGUUUUCCCUCCCGUGCUCUUGCCCUACUCGACGCCGCCGCCGUGCCGCCGCCGCCCAAUCCUUUGUUUCCUCCCGCGCUGCCUCUCUUCCAAACUCUACUCUAUUCUUAGCCGCUCACCCUAAUAUCACUUUCGCUUCGCCCAAACUAUAGUCGCCACUUUAUCUCUUCUCGCUAUCAUCAGUAGUCGUCUGCUUAAUUCCAUUCUUACCUUCCCUCCAAACCAUGGAAUCAGACUCUAUGGAUUUCAAGCUCGGAGAGCUACUGAAAGAGGUGCAACUGGAUGAUUCCAUUGUUAAAAUUGUAGACCUAGCGGUCGCUUCUGUUGUAGAUGCCAUAAAGUCGAUCCCUGAGCGGUUAGUGAGGGCCGACGAGGCUUCCAGAUUCAUCGAAGACCUUGGCGUGCCAAGUGAGAAAGUUUCUUUCACGUUCCGUGUCCCUGAGUCCAUCCAAGUUGGCGGAAGCCACUCGAUAAGUUCGGUCGCAAAACCUGACAUUAACGUUGAUCUUUUAGUUCGAAUGCCUAAGGGUUGCUUUCACGAGAAGGAUUAUUUGAACCAUAGGUACCAUGCAAAGAGGUUCCUUUAUCUCCGGGUUAUAGAGAAGAGCUUGGAAUCAUGCUCUGCUGUUAAGAAGAUUGCAUGGUCAAGCUUUCAGAAUGAAGGCCGCAAACCUGUAUUGAUAAUUUUUCCAGUAAUGGACUCUCCAGAUCUUUCUGAAUGUUUCAUUCGGAUAAUUCCAACUGCAACUUCUUUAUUUAGCAUGUCCAGGUUGAGUUUGUCGCGAAAUAACGUUCGCUCAUUUUCACAAGAAGAUGGUCUUGCCCAAGCAACUCCAAUAUACAACAGCAGCAUCUUGGAAGAUAUGUUCUUGGAGGAGAACUCUGAAUAUGUGCAAAAAACUUUUCAUGAAUGGAAAGUUUUGAAGGAAGCACUAAUUUUGCUCAAAGUUUGGGCUCGGAAUAGGAAUUCCCUUUAUUCACAUGACAGCUUAAAUGGUUAUUUAAUAUCUAUGAUUUUGUCGCACCUUGUUGUUGGGUCUGGAGAAAGCCUUAUACACAAGUCAAUGAACGUGAUGCAAAUUUUCCGUGUUACACUGAAAUUUAUUGCAACUUUAAGCUUGAAAGGUAGACCACUUUUCCUUCACCCUCAAGGCCAUUGUAAUAUAGCGAAGGAGGAUUUGAAUCAGCUCGUAAAAUCCUUUGAUACAGUACUUCUUGAUGCAUCAUGCUCCUUCAACUUGUUGUUUCGCAUGACAAAGACAGCAUUUGUGGAGCUGCAGGAUGAAGUAUCUUGGACUCUUAAGUGUAUUGACAAAUGCAGGGGUGGUGGAUUUGAGGAGAUUUUCAUGACAAAGGUUGACUUUGCUGCUAAGUUUGAUUCUUGCUUGAGGAUAAAUUUGAAAGCUAAUCCUAAAAUUUGUUCGGGAGAUUUUUGUAUGGACAAUGAAUGUUGGAGAAUUUACGAAAAGAAUGUCCAAUCUCUACUGCAAAGAGGGCUAAGUGAUAGAGCAAAAUUAGUUCGUGUAGUAUGGAGAAGUACACCUUUAGAUUGGAACAUAGAAGAUGGAUUGUCAUAUUUUGGUAAUGAGCCAAUCAUUGUCGGAAUAUUAAUCAGCUCUCAAGAGAACAGCUUCAGAGUGGUUGAUAUUGGUCCAAACCCAGAAAAUAAAGAGGAGGCUAUGAAGUUUAGAAAAUUCUGGGGAGAAAAAGCAGAGCUUAGGAGAUUUAAAGAUGGGGCCAUUGCAGAAAGCACAGUAUGGGAGUGUGAGCCAUGGGAGAGACAUUUGAUAAUUAAAAGAAUUUGUGAUUACUUAAUCUCUAAACAUUUACUUCUUUCUAAGGAAGACAUAGUUCAUGUUGUUGAUCAGCUGGAUUUCUGCCUGCAAGUUAAUGGUAAAGAUCCUGUAGCAUUUUCUAGUGUGCUGCUAGAGGCUUUUGAGCUUUUGUCAAAGCGGUUGCGGCUUUUAGAGGACAUUCCUCUGAAAAUAUCCAGUGUGCAGCCACUUGAUCCAGCAUUCAGGCAUACAUCUGUUUUUCCUCCCCAACCUCAUCCUCUAGCUUAUGAAACAAAAUAUGGCAAAAAGCUGCCGAAGUCAGCUACAACCUGUAUUCCAACACUAGAAGUCAUGAUUCAGUUGGAGGGAUCAGGCAAUUGGCCGUUGGAUUCUGUAGCCAUUGAGAAGACUAAAUCUGCAUUUUUGCUAAAAAUUGGAGAAAGUCUUGAGGAGCGCUGGAGUGCACUUUGUGUUGCUGCUGAAGACGAGGUGAAUAUACUUAUGUCUGGUUAUUCAUUUUGUCUCAGGAUUAUGCAUGAGAAAGGAUUAAACAUGUUACAAACACAAGGUGUUGUGGAUAAAAAUGAGAUUUUGUCAAUAGACAAAAAACUUUUUAUGUGGAGCCAGCACUCCAGUAUGAUUAAUGGUUUACAUGGCUGCUACCCUACAUAUGGUCCAGUAGUUAGGCUUGCAAAACGUUGGGUUGCUGCACACCUUUUUUCUUCAUUUUUGGAAGAGGAAGCAGUUGAAUUGAUAGUUGCUUACCUUUUCUUGAAGCCUUUUCCUUUUCAUGCUCCAUGUUCGAGGGUUACUGGUUUUCUAAGGUUUUUGCGGUUUCUCUCAUGCUAUGAUUGGACCUUCUCUCCUUUGAUAAUUGACAUAAAUGGGGACUUAACACUGAAGGACGAAAAUGAGAUCAAUGAAAAUUUCAUAUCAAGAGGAAAAUAUUAUGAAGAAAAUAAAAAUAUCGCACCAUCCAUGUUCUUAGCUGCUCCAUAUGAUAAAACAUCUAAAGCCUGGACAAGGUUGUCACCAAACCGAUCAGAGCUUAAGCGCAUAUGUUCAUAUGCUCGUAGCAGUGCUGACCUUUUGACAAAUCUCAUUCUACGUGGUGCCGAUGGUCCUUACACAUGGGAGUGUCUUUUUCGAACUCCUUUGAACAACUAUGAUGCUGUUGUUGUUCUCCAUCAUGAUAAGCUUUCUACUCCCCAGCACCUUCUCUUCCCAGCUGUCGUUGACUUCGGGAAGCUUGUCAUUUGUGGGAAAGCAAGCAACCUUUUCCUUCCUUACACGACUCUCGAUGGAGUACAAAGCUUAGAAGAAGCAAGAAAUAAAUUGAUGGUUGGUUUUGACCCAACCAGAUGUUUUCUGCAGGAUCUGAAGAGAGAGUUCCCAACCACUUUCAAGAUAUGGUAUGAUUCUCUUGGGGGUGAUGUACUUGGCUUAACCUGUGAUAAAAAGGAUUCAAGGAAACGUGGCCGAGAUGGAGCGGAUGAGAGCAGCAUUGAGCUAACAGACGCCCUAAAGAAAGUUGGGGAGGUUGGCAAGGGUCUUGUAAAGAGUGUACAUCUUGUCAAGGUACCUAAAUUGCAGCAGUAAGAAACUUUUCAGAAAGAAAGUUAACUAAUUGUUGGGCCGGUCAAAGGCUAACAAAGGAGGAAAAUGCCUGAUAUGGACUGUCAAGAUGCGCACUGGCGUGGAAUAGCAUUAGAGAUGAUUCAAUGUCUAUGAAUUAUCAGCUUUUAACUUAACAAUUUUAUAGCUAAUAGCCAGCAGAGAAGACAGAAUGUACGAGGUGGAAUCAAUGUUUGCUCACGGGCAAUCAUUUAGUUCAUUUUAGAGGAAUAAUUAUUUAUGCACGAUUUUGUUUUGUAUGAUUUUAUGUUGCAUUUUGUAAUCAGCUAUUAUUUUUUCAUUUCCAUAUGCCUAUUAGAUUAUCUAGUGAACAGGACUGCGAGAGAGAUCUGAUAGUGGUGAUGUAUUGGUUGCUUAUGGGUAGUGCAGAUAACUUUUUGUGAUUUAUCAAUGCAACUUUUUACUAA